CGUUCCACUGAGGUCGAUUACAUGAUUAACAUUUUCUUAACCUAUAUGAUCUGUCUUUGCGGAUGUGGGAUCAUAUUCUCUCCUUCUGUGCUCUGCCUGUUAAGGGACAUCAUCAGCCAAAAAGCACCAGAAGCACCAGAAGUCUUCACAGGCAGAGAUAAUUAAAAGAGGAGAUUAGUUUUGUUUUAGGGAGAGAGAAAGAUGGAAGAGGCAAAGGCAUUGGCUCAACACCAACAGCAACUAAUGCUACAGCAGCAGCAGCAGCAACACCAGCAGCAGCAACACCAGCAGCAGCAGCAGCAGCAACACCAUCAACACCAUCAACAUCAACAGCAACAGCAACAGCAACAUCAACAGCAACAGUUAUUGCUCUUACAACAACUACAAAGGCAACAGCAACAAGCCCAACAGGCCGCGGCCAUUUCCCGUUUCCCUUCCAACAUCGACGCCCAUUUGCGCCCACUCCGAGGCCUCAAUCUCCAACCUAACCUUAUCCCCAACCCCAACCCCAACCCCAACCCUAACCCUAACCCUAAUCCUAAUCCUAAUUCUGCUCCUAAUCUCCAACAAAAUCCUGUUGCGAACCCGCAGCAACAGCCCCAACAGCAGCAGCAGCAGCAGCAACAACAGCAGCAACAGAGGGCCAUCCGACCCGGGAACCAGGCGGAGCUACAGAUGGCGUACCAGGACGCCUGGCGGGUCUGUCAUCCCGACUUCAAGCGUGCCUUCUCUUCCCUCGAAGACGCCUGCGAGAGGUUACUGCCUUAUCAUGUAGUGGCAGAUUAUGAGGCAGAGGAGGAUGACAGAAUCCUUGACUCUGACACAACAGGCCUGAUACCAUCUCGCUCUCAGCAGUGGGAUCACAACAUAUCUGCUAAAGUUGCAGAGUUUACAGCAACAUUUGAGAAACAGGCACUAGCCUUUAACAUAAUUUCUCGUAAACGAGCUUUGGGGGAAUUUCGUUCCGAAGAGAGACUUAUGGUUGAGCAGGCACUUUGCCAAGAAGAAAAACGAACGUGUCUGGAAUUGAAAGCAGAGCUUGAUUCAAGAGAGAAAGCUGGCCGGGAAGCUAAAUUACGAAUGGCAGCAAUCGUUCAGGCAGAGCAAGCUCGGGUUGAGUCACAAGCGCAUGCUGAAAUGUUGGCUCGGGCCCCAAUAAGGGCAAGUGCACUUGGGUCUCAAGGCAAUGAUGUUGCUAUUGGUCAUGACAUGAGAGAGCAGGAACACGGGGUUAACCCAGAAGAGAUGAUAAAUGGAUGGGGAAAUAAUAUGCAAAGAGAUGAGAAGGAACCAUCUGAAGAUUUUUUGAAUGAUGAAGAGACUGAGAAUGGAUCCACAGACAUGCAGGAUGGCUGGCGUGAAGUUGGGGAGUUUGAUUUGAACACGCGUUAAACAUUAGAGGUCUUGGCGAAUAGUACUAGAUCAUGGACAGAAAGUCUGUUUAUAAACUGGAGAGCCCAUUACAUGGAAAGUGAAUUGGCCGAGGCCUGUCUUUGAUUAGUUGUGUAUUUCGUGCAGCAUGAAAUUGGGGAAAAUGCUUCCUGUUGAAAUUAAAAUCACAAAUAGAAGAAAAGAUCAUUGAAGCCACGUACUGCAGUUACUACGGGAGAUGGAUAGCUUUUAUAUUAGCGGGGUUGCUCUUGCAACUGUCAGAGAGCAGCACGUGGGUACAAGAGGUUCUCCUUUGAGAGAUUCAAGUUUUUAUAUUUUGAUCAUUUCUUACUGUUCUGUAUAUUGGUUAAGCGUACGAAUUUACUUGUACACUGCUAUUGAAAUCUGGAAUUGUGUGGCCUUGAGUCAGAAGAAUCAGAGGCUUGUAGUCCCUCCAAGCAUGAAGAAUGUUUAUUAUUAUGGGUAAUGUUAGAGAGAACAUCUUUUUUGUACCACAAUUGUAUACCAUCUUUUUUGUGCUUUAAAUGAUUUGGCAUGCCACAUCAGAUGGUAUGCAAUUGUGGUACAAAAAAAUUGGUCUCCCUAGCAUUACCUUCUAUUAUUAUUGACUUUAAAAAAA